UUUUUUUAUUUAUUUUUUGUAAGUAUGAAUACUUCAGAAGCCUUACAGCAAGCAGUUAUCUCAUCUUUUGAUCAGGUUACAAAUACUUCAUUUUUGGGAAAGACAGAUAAGAACGCUUACAUUUACAGAGGUUUUGCCAGCGAUAAAUGGUGUAUUGGUGAUGUUCCUCAUGUAAGAUAUGUAAUGGGUAUCAUGAUCGAUAGUGUACUUCAACACUUUUCUAAUAAAUAUCAAACAGACCCUGUUGCCCUCAAUUGCUUCUUCUUUAGCAAGACUAUACCUGGUGAUCUAAUUUUAGAAAUACAUGAACUUAAAAUGAGUAACAAAGGGUACUGUGUUGGACGAUGCACUCUUAAACAAAGAAAAGACCUAAAGCCUUUAGUUGAAUUAAUAAACUAUAACCCUUCUGACUGGAUUGAUAAGGUUCAGUGUAUUUUUACAAUGGGUAAUAUGGAUAACGAGCAAGGACCUACUUUUUAUCAUAAAAACCCGACGCCACCUCCUACAAUGAAUCACCUUCAACCUUAUAGUUAUCUAUUUAUGGGCGAAUAUCUAACAGCGUAUUUUGAUAUGAGCUCCUUUCCGAUAAACGAUACAGAACCCGGUGUUCCUGAAGUCACGCAAACCAUGGCAUUUUCUGAUGGCAGACCUAUCGAUUUCAAGAGUAUUCCUUAUUGGUGUGAUAUGUUCAUCACUCCACCCUCACUUCUUGGUCCUGCGAUCUUAAAGGAACCUGUGUGGUGUCCAACUAUGCAAUUAGAAAUACAAUUCAAAAGGAAGCCCUCUGGUAAACAAAUUAUGGCUCAUUUUAUCACUCCACACAUAAUAAAUGGACGAUUUGAUCUUGACGGCGAAAUUUGGAACGAAAAAGGAGAGAUUUUAGCUAUAACAAGACAUCAAUGUCUGGUUGUACCAUGGAGUCGUAAUAGCAAAGAUGACUUUAAAACUAAACAGAGAAUAGGAAUAACCACACACAAACCAAAAAUGUAGAAAUGCAUAGAGGUCUUUUAUAUACAUAUAUAUAUAUAAUUAGUUAGUAUAGAAAAGAUAGAUUUACUGUUAAUCUAUUGUUAUUUAUUUU